UCGUUUUUUUUUUCUUUUCUUUUUCUUUUAUUACUUCCUAUUUUGUGCGCCCCAUCGCCUACCUCUCAUCCCUGCGUCCGAAUGGCCAUGCACGCUUUCAUCGUCUUCCAUUUGCCAUGAUUCGUUCUCUGCAACAGACCUCUCAGAGAGAAAGAGAGGAAGAGACCAAGGAAAAUGACCAUGUAGGAGGCCUGUAACAGUUGAGCACUCUGGGGAGAGAAAGAGAGAGAAGGAGACCUUGAAUGAUGAGAGUCGAAACUAGAGGCCUGUAAAAGUUGAGCAUUCUUCAGACAAAGGAAGAGAGUGAGACAGAGAGAGAACAGGAUGUUGCAGAGGGCAGCCAGCAACGCCUACUCAUGGUGGUGGGCGAGCCACAUAAGGACCAAGCAGUCAAAUUGGCUGGAGCAGAACCUUCAAGAUAUGGAGACAAACCUGCAAACCAUGCUUCAACUCAUUGAACAAGACGGUGAUACUUUUGCCCAGAGAGCAGAGAUGUACUAUAAAAAGAGGCCAGAGUUAAUUCACGUUGUGCAAGAGUUCUACAAAGGGUACAGAGCAGUAGCAGAAAGAUAUGAUCACAUCUCUGGUGAUCUUCAUAAUGCCCGCAGUACCAUUGCAACGGUUUUUCCAGAGCAAGUGCCCACCAUUGCCAAUGAUGUAGAUCCUCCUAAAGAAGAAAUUGAGCAAGUGACUGAUAUCACUAAAAAUGUCAGUGAGGCACCAAAGAAUCCACCCCCACCACCACCGCCUUCAGUAUCAGGAAAAUCAGAAUCAAAUAUUUCAAAAAAGUCCAAAAGAAGUGAUUCAAUUGAUUCCCAUCCAAAGAUGGAUAAAGAAACGGCACAGAAAGAGAUAGAUAAGCAUCAGAAAGAGAUACUGGUCUUACAGACAGAGAAAGAAGUCUUCAAGAGCUCAUAUGAAGCUGGGUUAGCAAAAUACUGGGAGGUAGAGAACCAAAUCUUGGAGCUGCAGGCUUUGGUCUGCUGCUUGCAGGAAGACCAUGGUCUUGGUAGUAGCAUCCAAGGUGAAGAAGAGCAGACCUUAAUGGCAGUCACAGCUCUGAGAUCAUGUGAACAGAUGCUUGGCAGUUUGCAAGAAGAGCAAAAGAAGUCAAUGGCAGAAGCCAAGGUGGCAUCUGAAAAAAUUAAGAAAAUGGAGGAAAAAUUGAAGCAUUUCAAGGAUGAGUUCCUCAAGCACCAGCCAAAGAAUAACGAAUUUGGUGAUGAACAACCUAAAGUUCUACAUCCAGCAUCCAAGGCAUUGGAACCAGACAAUGACAAACUUACUGAUGAACAACCAAGAGCACUAUAUCCAGUAAUGAGUGCAUUGGAAGAAGAAGUGUGCAAUCUGAAGAAGGAAAAAAAUGAAUAUCAAGAAGCAUGCCAGAAAAUUGUGAAACAUCUGGAGUUAGAAGUUAAUGAUUCUCAGAGCUUUCCUGAACUGAGCCAUCUGAUUGAUGAGCUUGUAGGCAAAGUGGUAAAUCUGGAAGGAGAAGUUUCUUCUCAGAAUGUUCAAAUACUGAGACUGAAAACCGAAACAGACUCUCUGCAUGAGCACUUCCAAAGCCUUCAAGAAGGCAACUUGUUGCUCAAGGAUGAUGCCAAGACAAUGAAUAACAGAAUAAAUGAGCUAGAAUUGGAACUUCAGGGUAUUCAAGAUCUUAAUCUUCGCAUCGAGGAACAGAAAGCACAGCUUCAGAACCACCUAGCAGAAGCAUGCUGCAAUCUUGAUGAUCUUGCAGGAAAAAUGAAAAGCCAACAGAAUCAUAAUGAAGAUGAAAACUCUGACUUGGUUCGGUCUGUUGCUGAAGAUGAAUUUCAAGAAGUCAAAAUUGCAAAUGAAGCUCCUACAGCUGAAACUGACAAUGGAAAAGAUGUGGACAAGAAAAAGGAAGCAGAAGCUAGCAAGCUGCCAAAGGAAACUGAAAAGCCUAGCUGUGAAUUUGGUGGAGAAGUUAAACAGUGUGAAGAAAUCGAAGAAUCUUAUUCUGGAUAUGAGACAGAAGCCAAAUCUAUUGAUGAGACUGAAGAAUCCAGUUCUGAGUUUGAUCCCGAGGUUAAAUGUGGGUCCGAACAAAAAUCAGAUGUCGAAAGCUUCAAUUUUGGCAAUGAAUUUCAGAACUUGUGCUUAGAAUUAGUCAGUUCACAAGCUUGGAAAAGAUUCUUAGAGGGGAUUGAAGGCAAGGAGAAGACAUUGUUGACGGAGUAUACAUCUGUUCUUUGCAAGUACAAUGAAACAAAGCAAAAACUUUCUCAAGUAGAGAAACAGAACCAGGAUCUUUCAGAAAAAAUAUUAAAGGUCAGGUCGCUGGAGUCAACAACUGCACGUAAAGAUGCAGAAAUUGAAUCACUAAAACAGAAACUGAGCAUCCUGCAAACGGAUUAUGAACAUCCUGACAUCAAAUCUACCCAAGGCAACCGUCUAGCAGGAAGCAAAUCCCAUAAGCUGAACAGCUCGAGGAUGCUAGCAGCUAUUGGUUGUUUAGAUUAUCAAAUUAAGGAAAACUCUGAAGAACAAAGCACUGAAAGUGCUAGAAUCCAGGAUGCACCAGCCACAGAUAGAGAGACCAAAAUCAUGCUCGAUGAGGAACCACGUCCUGUUUCUGCGAUGGAAGAAAAAUUCCGGUGGGAAAUAGAUUCGCUGCUCGAAGAGAACUUAGAUUUUUGGAUAAGAUUCAGUGCCUCCUUCCAUCAGAUACAGAAAUAUCAGACUGCAAUUCAGGAGGCACAGGUGGAGUUAUUGAAACUAAGAAAGGAGAAAAAUGUAGCUGAGGACAAUCACAGUUCUUCAACCCACAGUGGUAGUACCAAUCAGAAUCAAAGCAUAAGAUCGAGUGUGGAAGCAAUUCAAAAGCAGUUGAGGGAAUUACAAGGCGAACUGCUGGUAUGGAUAGAACAGAAUGCACUGCUCAAGGAUGAGCUAAAGCACCGAUCCUCAUCAUUGUGCAGCAUACUGGAAGAAAUAUCUCAAGUAUCAAAGAUAGGGUGCAAGCAAGCCGGAGAUCUAACAGAUUAUCAGGCCGCAAAAUUUCAAGGUGAGGUUCUAAAUAUGCAACAAGAAAACAAGAAAGUUUCAGAUGAACUACAAGCUGGACUGGAUCAUGUUAGAGCGCUCCAGUUGGAAAUUGAGAAGAACCUGCUGAAAUUGAAGGAGAACUUUGGGCUAUCAGGAAGCAAGCACCACCACAAUAAUCAUAUUCAAUACAUGCGGCAGACUCUCAGUCGAACAAGAAUUCCAUUGCGAACAUUCAUUUUCGGAAAGCCAAAAAAGCCUUCCAUAUUUUCUUGCAUGAAUCCAGCACUGCAGAAACAAUAUAGUGACAUGAGAGCAGGCAGAAAAAUAUAGUCCUCCUUACUUUCUUGUGCUUCUCCCUUGCAAUCUAGAAUACUUUCUUGUGCUUCUCCCUUACAAUCUAUAAUGGCUAGAUUUAUAGGAAAUUUUUUCCUUUCUUACUUCUUCCUACUGUCCUACUCAACGGUUUCAGAUAAGAGCUUUCUUAUGUGGAUGAAGAGUCAUAAUUUUGGAGAAACGAAGGGAGUAUUCUGCUGUUUUUACAAUAGUGCAUAUAUAUGAUUAUUUGAAAUUUGGAUGGCAUUGAUACACCUCAAGAUCGAGAUAAGGAAUCACUAUAAAGAAUAUGUAAAUGUUCAGAAGUUUUCUUUAAAGAUACUU